UCGACACAUGGUAUGGACUGGUGACGGCAGCUGAAAAUCCCAACCCGCCUGUUUUAUGUGUCGUAUAGCGCCGCAUCGUAUCUCACCGUCUCGUGCGCUGCUACGUGUUUGCUAGCUAAAGUUCUCUUAGCACUCCGGUGUUUGUGGGUCGGUUGAAGGGCUUCGGAGCAGGAAAAAAGACACCUGACCCUUCACAAUGGCAGCAGUUCUCCUUCGGUCACUGUUGACCAAGAAGGUCCCCCUCCAGCUGGGUCGCUGUUACUCCUCCUCCUCAGUGCCCACCACCAAGCUGUUCAUUGACGGCAAGUUUGUUGAGUCCAACACCUCUGAAUGGCUUGACAUCCACAACCCUGCCACUAAUGAGGUGGUGGGACGGGUCCCCAAAGCUACACAGGAGGAGAUGCUGGCAGCCGUGGACUCCUGCUCCAGAGCCUUCCAGUCCUGGUCUGAGACCUCCAUCCUCAGCAGGCAGCAGAUCUUCCUGCGCUAUCAGCAGCUUAUCAAGGACAACAUUAAAGAACUGGCCAAAAUGAUCACCUUGGAGCAGGGCAAAACCCUUGCAGAUGCAGAGGGAGACGUAUUCAGAGGACUUCAGGUGGUCGAACACGCCUGCAGCAUUACCUCCCUCAUGCUGGGUGAGACCUUACCCUCCAUCACCAAGGACAUGGACACAUACACCUACCGCCUGCCCAUCGGCGUGUGCGCCGGCAUCGCCCCUUUCAACUUCCCUGCCAUGAUCCCCCUGUGGAUGUUCCCGAUCGGCAUGGUAUGUGGCAACACCUACCUGAUGAAGCCCUCUGAACGGGUCCCUGGAUGCACCAUGCUCCUUGCCAAAAUGCUCCAGGAUGCCGGGGCACCAGAUGGUACACUCAACAUCAUCCACGGCCAGCACGCAGCGGUGAACUUCAUCUGCGACCAUCCGGCCAUCAAAGCUAUUAGCUUUGUGGGCUCCAACUCAGCAGGAGAGUACAUCUAUGAACGGGGAUCCAAGAACGGCAAGAGAGUUCAGUCCAACAUGGGUGCCAAGAACCAUGGUGUGGUGAUGCCUGAUGCCAAUAAAGAGAACACCAUCAACCAGCUGGUUGGUGCUGCAUUUGGAGCAGCUGGCCAGCGCUGCAUGGCUCUCUCCACGGCUAUUUUUGUAGGAGAGUCUCGUGAGUGGCUCCCAGAGCUGGUGGAGCGCUCCAAAUCACUACGUGUAAACUCAGGUGAUCAGCCUGGAGCAGACGUGGGUCCUUUGAUCUCCCCUGAAGCUAAGGCAAGGGUAGAGUCUUUAAUCCAGAGUGGGGUGGAUGAAGGUGCCAAACUGCUGCUGGACGGGAGAAAUGUUAAAGUCAAAGGAUAUGAAAAUGGCAACUUUGUAGGACCGACCAUCCUGAGCAGUGUUCAGCCUAGCAUGAAGUGUUACAGAGAGGAGAUCUUCGGUCCAGUGCUUGUCGUCCUUGAGGCCGACAGUCUGGAUGAAGCCAUUUCUCUAAUCAACAACAACCCAUACGGCAACGGCACUGCCAUCUUUACCACCAACGGAGCCACAGCACGCAAAUACACACAUGAGGUGGACGUGGGCCAGAUUGGUGUGAAUGUCCCUAUCCCCGUCCCCCUCCCCAUGUUUUCCUUUACUGGCUCUAGAGGCUCAUUCAGAGGAGACACAAACUUCUAUGGCAAGCAGGGCAUCCAGUUCUACACACAGAUCAAGACUGUGACUUCUCAGUGGAAGGCUGAGGAUGCAACUUUGACCAGCCCUGCUGUGACCAUGCCAACAAUGGGACGCUAAGCUAAACUGACAUCACAUUUUAUGUAACCAUCAGUGACUUCUCAUUUGCCUUAAGAACCCCAAGGAAUGGGUUUGUAGGAAAAAAAGUAAAGGUCUAUUUUGCUGGAGACUAUUAGUUUGUGACUCUAAACAUGUUUGAUAAUGUUGCACAAACUCACACAAAAGCAAUUCAUUUAGACAAAAUGGACUUAUCAAAUGAACAGUACUAUCAGGCUUUGUUUGGAGUUGUUUUCUUUAUUACUAUUCUCUUCUACCUGGGUGGACUAUGAGUUAAUCAUGGUCAAUCGUGUCCUUAUUUAGCGGGGUUCUCUGGUGUCAAUUUUUAAAACCUACAUUAGAAUCAGGUUCAGGGAUUCUGCCUUAAAGCCGGCUACAGCACUAGUCUUCCAUGUUUAUCUGCUGUGGUUCUUUGACCUGCAUUUUUCAUCACAGCUUGACUUGAGAUGUUAACAAAUGGAACAACUGCUCGAAUGACACUCCCAUACUGCUACUCCGUUUAAACUGAAAUGUUUGCUGUCCAGUACAUGAUACUCCACUGUAUACUAUGUGUUUGGAUGUGUCUGUGUGCCAGAUAAAAGGGUCAUAGUUUGCACUGUACUGUAAGACUGAUGCUUGUUUUAGUAUACUAUCCAUGAAUGGCAUAAAAGCUGAAUUGCAGUGUUUAAAACAACAUGGACUUGACAUUUGAAGUUCUUAGAGAAACUGUUACAGAACAUUAUGUGCUCAACAUGUCUUCAUCAGAUGUUUUUAAACCACUUCAAACUAUGUUCCUUUGUCACUUCUCUGUUUAUUCUUGUGACUGAUUACAGAGAAAAUAAAGAGUUCAGUCUGUGAUGCACUGAAGAAACUAA